GACCGCCGACUACUUCCGCGUUUGCUUCCUUGUUUACGAAAGCGCAAAGACAUCGGGCGCUUUACGCCGCAAAAUAUGUCGUUUUGUCAACACUAUCUGACCAUUUAUUUAGUUUCCUUUCCAAUUUUAGUUAGUUUUUGGGCUUCGGUGUGUUUAUAAAGAAGUUUGAACAAGUCUCGGAAUGGCCACGGCCGCAACUCCGGAGGAGCCGCAAGGGCUCCAAAGCCACCCUGGACAUUCCACUGAGGCGGGGAAAGAGAUUCCAGGCAUUGGCCCAGCUCCGGUUGUGAAGAAAACCAUUGGCCACCGUGGAGUGGAUCAGACCGGGGAGACAGUCUACAAAAAGACGCCCUCGUGGGCUCUGCAAGGUGCCAUCCAGUUGGGAAUCACGCACACGGUGUGCAGCUUGGCUCAGAAGUCCGAGCGGGACGUGCUGCUGCAGGACUUCGAAGAGGUGGAGAGCAUCUACUUCCCCGGUGAAGGCAGCAGCCACACGCCGGCGCACCACUACGGAGACUUCAGGUUCAAGACGUAUGCGCCCAUUGCGUUCCGCUACUUCAGGGAAAUGUUUUCCAUCCAGCCUGAUGACUACAUGUGUUCUCUGUGUAGCGAGGACCUGAUCGAGCUGUCCAACCCGGGAGCCAGUGGCUCUCUCUUCUACCUCUCCAACGACGACCAGUUCAUCAUGAAGACGUUGCAGCGCAAGGAGGCCGAGUUCCUGCAGAAGCUCCUUCCUGGAUACUUCAUGAACCUGAACCAGAACAAGCGGACCCUGCUACCCAAAUUUUACGGUCUCUACUGCAUCCAGAGAAACGGCACCAACAUCCGCAUCGUCGUCAUGAACAACCUGCUGCCCUCCUCGGUCCAGCUGCACCUCAAGUUCGACCUGAAGGGCUCCACGUACCACCGCCGGGCCUCCUCCAAGGAACGGGCCAAGGCGUUGCCCACCUAUAAGGACCUGGACCUCCUGCAGGACAUGCCGGACGGGAUGCUGCUGGACGCCGAUAUGUACAACGCCUUCUGCAAGACAGUGCAGCGGGACUGUCUGGUGCUACAGAGUUUUAAGAUCAUGGACUACAGCCUCCUGCUCGGGAUUCACAUGGUAGAUCGGGCCGGCGGAGAGACGGCGCAGACGGAGCCGGCAGCGGAGAGGAGGAAGCCUCAGAACCAGAAGGUCCUGUACAACACGCCCAUGGAGGCCAUCCAGGCCGAAGCCAUGGACCCCGGCUCGCCGGGAAGCCGCGACCCCACGGGAGGGAUUCCGGCACGAAACUGCAAAGGCCAGAGACUGCUGGUGUACAUUGGCAUCAUUGACAUUCUGCAGUCUUACAGUUUACACAUCUCGCAGAUUUGUCAAGAUGCUGGAGCACACGUGGAAAUCUCUGGUUCAAGACGGGGAUGCGGUGUCAGUGCACAGACCGGAUUUCUACGCCGACCGAUUCCAGAAGUUCAUGUGCAACACGGUCUUCAAGAGGGUCCAAUUGAAGACGUCACCAUCCAAGAGGCGCCACAGUACUAUGAGGAAGACCGACAGUGCCGCAGCACAGCAGGCGGAACAGAGCAGCAACCAGAAUCAGAACCAGCAGCCCGUUGUAAAGGAUGAGAAGAGCUCAGACAGCAAAGAAGACGCGGCGCAAGACAAUGGGGUAAAGGAAGCACCUAAAUCCAAUGAGGCAAAUGGAAAGACCUGAUGACAACUCUCAACUGAAACUUAGCCAAAAACAAGGUGUUUUUGUUUUUCUUUGGGUACCAUUUUUACCUCCCGUUUGAUUGCCUUUGGAGUUAUGAUGUCAUAUUGUUACUCAUCUCAGUGGAAUGUUUUGACAUGCAACCAAAGAUGUUUCUCACCUUCAAUUUAGCGUUAUUCAGCGUAAAUUAAGGACUUUUGGAGGUGAAAAGCCACCAUGUUCAAUGGAUGGACCAAACCACCAGAAUUGAGUGCCAAGACACAAUCAAAGCCAUAACAAAAUGACCUGUACAUUGAAAAUAAUGUAUGCUGUCUAAUUUCUAUUGUAUUAUUGGUUUCAGUCUGUGUUUACAAUUUUGAUACUCCGGCGAUGUUACACCAUAUACUGUACAAACAGUAACAAUGAGGGUGAGUUAUUUAUGAGUGUUUUACACUACAAUGUUUGAUUUACAGGUUCUGGAAAGGGUGCAAUAAUUGUGAUUUGGGGCAGAUUGCUAUUUUAUCCUUAAGGAAUGUGCCUUUUGGACCAAAAUCCUGUGUAUUUAUUAGUCUAUUACUGUAUGCCAUUUUUGCUGUCUGUUGAAUUUUCAUCAUACUUUUGUAAAUAAAAUUUACUUUUAUGAUA